AUGAAAACUGGCAGCGCCAGUGUGCUGCUUUUCCUCGUCUUGCAGGGACUCGGCUCGACGCACGCGUACGAAAAGGACGGCAAGCACUUUAUCAACUGGGACGCCCACGAGUACCCCAUCGUCGCCCACUGGAACUGGCACCGCCCCUUCCCCGACCACGGCGACCCGCCCAUGGGCUUCGAGACCAAGUGCAACGUCGUCAAGAAGUUCCACGCGCGCAACUACCGCCUCGGCGACUUGCGCAACGGCGAGGGCCAUCCGCUCUACCCGUUCUCGGACGGCAUCGAGAAGUUCAUUGCGGGCCGCACGUACCCGGGCAGCUGGGACGGCGUCGACCACGGCGGCAUGCAGCGCGACCUGCUGAUGAUGGAGUGGCGCGAGCUGCCCGUGUACGUGCGCAAGUGGAUCGAGGACCACGAGAUGCGGCGGCCGGAGAUGGACGACGGGCGCACGUGGCGGUUCAUGGUGUUCCAAAAGAAGUCCAAGAAGGCGGCGGCCACGGCGACGGAGCCCGCGGCGCCGCUGCGGGCCAUCCCGACGGAGGGGGCGGCGGCGUCGACGUGGACGCUGCCGGAGGUGGCCGACCGCGACAAGGUGGUGUUCUUCGCGCCGGGCCAGCUGUAUCCGAUUCUGCCGCUGUUCAACGCCAAGGGCGGCGGCAAGUGCGAGGACUCGUUUGCCGACCUCAGCCGGUACGUGCCGGCGGCCAAGGACGACGCGGUGGUAGCGUGGCCGUUUGAGCACUCCAAGCCGGACCCGGAGCACGGCAAGGUGGACAUCUACUUCAAGAUCCGCACGGAGCACGUGCUAGAGUCGGACCACGGGCGCGACCGGCGGCUGCUGUGGGACGCGCUGAUGCGCAAUGCGCGGCGUUCGGACCGCAAGCAUACGCGGGCAGAGCGGGAGGCGGGUCGGGACAGCUUGGGUAUGCCUGAGCGGGAUGAAUUGUGA